GCCCACGACGAACAGUUGGAGUCGGACGAGGCCACGCUGCAGCUGCCCCGCACCGGACGAGCCCUUGGCGAGACGGUGCGCAUCCUGCUGAAGACGAACAAGACCGGGAAGACCACGGACGCCGAGAUCAAGACCCUGAUCCAUCAAGCGCUAGUCCGGCGCGAAGUCGUGGUGCAGCUGCUCCUGGACAUGAAGCGCCUGGGUCACCCGUCCUUCCAGAAAGUGGACGAAGCCACGGUGCGCCGCAACGCGUCCCAGCUGCCGGAGAACGGGAUCCCGCCCGAGGUCCUGACCGUGAUCGAGCACCUGGACGAGGAGGACAAGCUGCAGCCGCAGAAGGCCGCCACGCCCAGCGACGGACGACACGAAGACCUGAACAAAGCGGGAGCGGUGUUCGCGGAGCAACGCGCCAGAGCCGUGGUGGCCGAAGGCCGCAGCGAGGAUCGAGACGACCAGAACGCCGUGGACGUGGCGGCCCUCAACCAGCUACAGGACCAGCUGAAAUUCGAGGGACAGCGGAAAGCGACCGAGACGCUGGAGCUGCGCACGGGCAACGUCUUCGUGGACCAGUUCCAGCCGCUCUACUUCGCCACGGCCUUCUGCUUCUGCUUCAAGCACGGGACCGCCUGCCCGGAGGCGCCCGGCUACCGCAUGCUGGAAGCGGCGGAGAUCACCAAGGGCAUGCACGAGAUACAGCAGGCGCUGAGCAACGGCAAGUACCACGACCUCGCGCACACGCUGAAGCCGGUGAACGGGGACCUAUCCAAGGUCCGCUACGUGCCCGGACUGUCGCCCGCCGCGAAAAAGGUGCUGGCCAACUUCGACGCCCGAAGCCGCAACAUUCCCGGCACGCACCAGGUGCGAAACACCAUGCGGCACCAGACCCACGCCAAUCGGAUCUGCUACGGCACGCCGCUCUUCGUGACCUUCUCGCC